UAAUUGGUUGUUCGUGGUUGCUAAUGCUGUUCAAUGACCUGAAAUUUAGCGUUUAUCAUAUUAAACUUUCUUUUAAAAAAAAAUUGUUAUUUGUUUGAAUCAUUUAGUUAUUCAUUUUUGCUAAUGCAAUACACUUCUCUGUUUGAUAACAAUUAUCAUUGCUAGCAUUCCUUUAAGAACACUUAGAAUUAAACAAUGAAUGAUAUUUUAAAAUCUAAUGAAAUUAUUAAUAAUAAUGAAUUGGAUAUCCUUAUUGAUGAUAUAAAUGAUGAUGAAGAACUAUCUUCAUUAAUACAAUGUUUUCCUAAAGAAACUAAACAAUUUAUAUUGAAACUUAGAAAUUCACAUCUUGAUAAAUCUAAUAAUGGUCAAUUAAAACAGAAUAGUAAAAAGCAAACACAUCGAUGUUUAACAAAUUUUGAUGUUGAAGCACCAUUUAGUACAUCAACAACAUAUAGAAAUACAUUUUGUCAUCAAACUAAUAAUAAUGUUAAUGAACAAAAUGAAACAUCUAAAUUUCCAAUAGGUCAACCAAUUCUACGUUUUGGUGAAAUGCCUGUUUUCACUGAUUCGAUUUUAUAUCCCGGUCAAAAUCGUCGAUUACAAAGUACAACACAUGAAACAUUUGUUGAAAAGCCAAUCACUUACACAGAACCUGCAAAACCGGUACCAACAAAUCUUCGUGUUGAAGGUGAACGAGAUUUUUUAACUACAAAUAAAAGUGUUUACACAGUCAAACCGAUAACAGGAUGUCCUGUACGUAGACUAAAGAUGCCAAGUACUCCAAAACCACGUGUUAGCGAACCAUUUUCUGGUGAAACUCAAUUUCGUGCAGAUUUUCCCCCAGAACGUGCAUGGAAUAGUGUUGAUCCAAUGAGCUCAAUUGUACCACAACCAUGUCAACCGCCAAAAGCACAAAUUCAGUUGCGCGACACAAACGAGAUAUCUUUUCAUACAGAACAGCGUGAUCAAUUUCAAGGUCAUGAUGCUAAGACUAAUCCAAAACCGAAAUCAUUCAAACAUGAACCAUCGGUUUAUACCAAACCAGCUAUUAAACUUGAUUGUAAUUCAGUGACGAAAUUGGAUUUCCAACCAUAUACAACUGAACAAAUACUUAGUGUGAACGCAAAGGUAAACAUCAAUAUUUCUUUCAGGUUCUUAUAUUUAUUUGGACUUUCGUUUUAUUUCCCCCACAUUUCUGUAAAUGAUUCCUAACGUUCUCUUUUUUAGUGCAAUGGGUUUGUGUAGAAUAUUGGACUUUCAUAAUUCAUACCAAAGACUGUAGUUAGACAAUUAUUAGAAAUUCAGAGUCACUAGACGGCCGUUUCGUCCCAGUAUUAGAGUCCUCAGCAGCGCGAAUCCACAGCCCUGCAACCAGGAGUGGAACCCAGGAUUUUGGGUUUCGCGUGUGCCGAGAUCCGAUGAUGUACAAGUUCGACCUCAGUAAAUCCAGGAGGUAUGUAACACUGAACCCUGGAUUAAGCAAUCGCGCGCAAGGUUUCAAUUCCUGGGUUCUACUCUUGGUUGUGGCGUCAUGGAUGUAAACUUCUGAGAUGUCUCGUGCUUGGACGUAAUAGGCCUCUGGUCCUUCCUAAUAUCCAAUAACUGGCUAACUUGGAUUGCAUUAUGAUCCCAAUAAAACCAGUACAUUUACUCUUCGAUGAUCACUUUUCAUAAGCUAGCAUCCAUUGUUUUACGAUUAAUAUGAGUAAUAUCGAUCCACGUCAUAAAUAAUUAGUCCAUUCUAGCUAUGUUUUGCUUCCAGAUGCAUCACUUUAUUUUUAAAUUAAUUUCGACAGAUUACAAGGAUUGUUUGCUAAUUUUGUGUCACUUGUUCUUAUUGUUUUAGUCUACCUUCGGUCGAAAAAUA